AUGCCAGCUACACCGUAUCAAUACUUGUCUCUGGCCUUGCAAUUUACCAACCUCACCCAGCCAGUUACAAACAUGGCAGUCAAAAGCAUCUACAACUGGGCUGGGUGUGCCAUCGGAGGCUACUCCCUCCCACCUGCCAGCGUUGCAUACGAGGCUUUAUCUUCUGUACUUCCUCAUCACUCUGGAAACGUAUCCGUUCUUGGCUCAGGAGCCUGGAUGGAUAUCCAAACCGCCGCGCUGGUCAAUGGCAUCGCUUCCCAUGUCGAUGACUACGACGACACGCAUGCUGACACACCUAUUCACCCAUCAAGGCCGGUGGCAUCUGCCCUCCUAGCGGUUGCGGAAUGGAAUUUUCCCGUUUCCGGGCAGGACUUUCUCACAGCGUUUGUUGCCGGUGUCGAGGCCGAGUGCAAGCUCGGGGUCGCUGUCUACCCAGAGUAUUACGACGUCGGGUGGCAUAUCACUAGUACAACCGGCUCCGUUGGGGCAGCCGUCGCUGUUGGGAAGCUCCUGGGCCUCAGCCUGGAACAUCUCCAGCAUGCCAUUAGCAUUGCCGCCGUACAGGUAAAUGGGAUGCACGAGUCGUUCGGUACCGACACGAAGCCGUUCCACGUAGGCCGGGCCGCGCAGUCGGGGCUCCUAUCAGCGCUCCUUGCGCAAAAUGGGUACGGUGGCUCAUUGCAGGGACUCGAGGCCGAGCGCGGCUGGGCGCAUGUCGUGAGCACGCGCGAGAAUCUGACGGCGGAGUUUUCCACCCUUGGAGAAACGUGGGAACUAAGCAAGAAUACGUUCAAGCCAUUUCCCUGUGAUCGGAUCAUCCAUGCCGCCAUUGAUGGCUGCGUUCAGAUUCAUGAUCAAGCUGUCCAUAAUAGACUCGAUCUCGGGACUAUCAAGAAUGUGACCGCGCGCACGAACCCGAUGGUUCUGUUUCUCACUGAUAAUCCUGAGCCUAGGACGAGCCUCGACGCAAAGUUCAGUGUUUAUCAUGCAGCCGCUAUCGCCUUGCUCUUUGGCCAGGCUUCCCCGGCCCAGUUUACGGACGAGAUGGUCAGAAAUACGACUGUCGUCGAGUUGCGAGCCAAGGUCCAUAUUACAGCGGAUGAAGGGAUUAGUGAGCACGAGGCUUUUUACGUGCACAUCGAGCAUGCACUGGGUAGUAUCGAAAACCCCUUGUCCACUCAGCAGCUGAAGGACAAGUUCAUUGAACAUGCCGGUUCAGUCAUUGGGAAACAACGAGCCGAGAAGGCCUUCCGUGCGUUCUCUCAAAUAGCCAAUACAUCAGAUGUUGGGUCUAUCUCACGCAAGUUUAGGAAGUGA